AUGAGCGUCGAGAAAGAUCAGAACGGGGGGUAUACUUCAUACGCUACUUCUCCGCCGCGAAGUGAAGAUCUCGAGGAUGGCGCAUCUGCCGACAGGCUCUUGGGCAAAGCAUACGAAAAGAAGGUCCUGAAGAAAGCCGAUUUCUGGCUUGUCUGGUUCUACUCCCUCGUGUACAUCUUCCGAGUCAUCGAUUCCUCCAAUUACUCGAAUGCUGCAAUCAUCAAUCUCGAAAACGGCACUAACAUCAAGAAGCAACUGCACUUGAGCCCGAAUCAAUGGGCAUGGACACUUUCCAUCUUCUCCUACAGCUACCUGUUCUUCGAGCCCACCAACACGCUGCUUCUGAAAAGCUUUCGACGUUUACGAUGGAUGUUUGUCCUCAUUGUGAUGUGGGGUGUCUGUGCUUGCUCUUUGGCAGCAGUUCAGAACUUCAAAGGGAUGAUGGUUGUACGAUUUGCAGUUGGCUUGGCUGAAGCUGGAUUUUACCCUGCAGUUCUCUACCAUAUGUCAUUCUGGUACAAGCCAAUUGAAAUGCGCUGGCGUAUCGCGACCUUCUACUCUGUGGGACAAUUGGCCAGCGCUCUCAGUGGACUUUUGGCCUACGCAAUCGGUUUCCUGGAUGGAUUAGGACACCUCGCAGGAUGGAGAUGGCUUUUUCUCAUUGAAGAACUUCCUGCAAUUCUCUUGGCUUGGGUGGCACUGUUUGGACUUCCAGACUACCCCCAAACAGCUCGCUUUCCGAAUGCCGAAGAAAAAGCUUUCAUCUUGCAUCGACUGUCCGAUGCCGCACCAUCGGGGGAGAAGGGACACUGGGAUUUCAACACCCUCAAAGCGCUUUUCUCUGAUCCGACUACAUACACAUUCACAGUCUACUGGAUCGCUCAUCGAAUUGGUGGAUUCGGUGUUGGUUAUGCACUGCCUACCGUCAUUUAUCAGCUUGGCUUCACCACUACUUCGCUCUCUCAGUUGAUGAACAUCCCCCCUUAUGUUUGCUGCUUCCUUUUCCUCAACCUGAUGGGCUACAUGUUGCACAAGAAGUGGAUCAGACCUUGGACGACCGCCGUUGCGAUUGAAUCCACCAUCAUAAUAUGUUACAUACUACUUAUUACUGUUCCAAACGCCACCGUCAAAUACCUCUGCCUCAUCGUCGCAACGUCCUGUGCCGGUUCUGCGUACCCAGUCAUCUGGCCCGAACGCAUCAGAGCCCUCGACGGCACGGUGGCUGCUGGUAUCAGCAUCGGUUUGACCAAUGCAUGUGCUCAGUUUGGUAGAAUCGUCGGUCCACAUGUCUACAGCACUAUUUUCGGACCGGGGUAUCAUGAGUCGUAUGUCAUUUGUCUCUGCUUCCUUAUUGUGGCGAUCUCAGCGAUCCUGUUGUCGUGGCUGCUGGUUUGGAGGAAGGAUAGAAGACUCGCUGCUGCUGCGGAGGUAUAGAAGUUAGGUGAGGGCUGAAGGGUUGAAGGGUUGAAGUCAAAAGCCUGUUGAUGGCUAUCUCAGCCUAUGGGGCCAGAAAAACCCGGUGAAGUAGAAACAAAAGCAUUG